AUGAAAAAAAAAGGCGAAGAGAAAAAUUCUAAUAAAAGCGACAGAAACAAAAGCAAUCGAAUGGCACGCGAAGACGAAUACGACUAUCUAUUUAAAGUGGUGCUCAUUGGCGAUUCAGGUGUCGGAAAGAGUAAUUUACUCUCGCGGUUCACCCGAAAUGAAUUCAAUUUAGAAAGUAAAAGUACUAUUGGUGUAGAGUUCGCAACACGAAGCAUUCAAGUUGACAAGAAGACGAUCAAAGCCCAAAUUUGGGAUACAGCUGGACAAGAACGUUACCGGGCAAUAACUAGUGCGUAUUACCGAGGUGCAGUCGGCGCUCUACUCGUUUACGAUAUAAGCAAACACGGUACGUAUGAGAAUGUUGAACGAUGGCUGAAAGAAUUACGUGACCAUGCCGAUACAAACAUUAUCAUUUCACUUGUCGGUAACAAAUCUGAUUUACGGCAUUUACGUUCGGUACCUAGCGAAGAAGCGAAAGCAUUUGCUGAAAAAAACGGCAUUUCAUUUAUCGAAACAUCAGCAUUAGAUUCAACGAAUGUUGAACAAGCAUUUCACACCAUUCUUACUGAAAUUUAUCAUAUUGUCUCUCAACGUCAAAUCCCAGAUCCAAAUGGAUCUCAGGGUAAUAGUGGAUCGCAUUCAGCACCUGUUCCACUUCGUCUUCCUCCAAGUGAUACAGACUUUAAGUCAAAACAGAAUGGCUCAUGUUGUUCUUAG